UUCAGGAGAAGAUGAAACUGGUUCAAUGGCUUCUAAAUUGUUACAUCUUCUUAGUAGAGAUACAUUUGCAACUAUUGACAAGGCAACCGAGAAUAAAUCACUUGUUGGAUUGUGUGUUAAAUCUGAAAAGGAUGCUUAUAAUCUUUACAACAGUCAUGCUUUUGAAAAUGGAUUUGGUAUCCGAAGAUGCAAACAGAGGUUUAGGAGUGGCAAUGUAAGUUUGAUUAUGAAGUCUUAAUGUUGUUGGAAAGAAGGGAAGAAACUACAAAAGGGCACUGAAAACAAAAUGUAUACGAAAUUAGAUUAUCGUUCAGGUUGUAAAGCAAAGCUGCAGUUUUCUAUUAGUGUUGAUGGUGAAUGGACUGUUUCAAAGCAUAUUACUGAUCACAACCAUUCUUUUUGUCCAAUUGGUCAAAGACACCUUCUGAAAUUACAUCGAGGUGUUGAUCAUGAGUAUCUUGAAUUUAUUAUGUUGAUGAAGGAGAGCGGGACAAAGGUUUCUGAUAUUCACCGUAUGCUUCAAAAACAGGCAUGUGGGGUUAGUGCUCUUGGAUUCACCGAACGUGAUGCUUAUAACGUUCUAGAAUCUGAAAAGAGUAAAACGUUUGAUGGUAGUGAUUCUAACACUUUGAUUUCUAUAUUGAAGAAAAGGGCUGAAGUGGAAUCUGAUUUUUACUUUGAUUUUGAAGUAAAUGAAGGUGUACUAAGUUGUUUUUCCUGGAGAGAUGGCCAAAUGAGAUCAGAUUAUGAGAGAUUUGGUGAUUUAGUCGUGCAUGAUACAACUUACAAGACUAACAAAUAUGACAUGAUUUGUGGUCCGUUUGUUGGUAUGAAUCAUCACUGUAAGAAUAUUAUGUUUGGUUGUGGCUUUAUGUUGAAUGAAAAGGUGGAGUCCUUUGUUUGGUUAUUCCAGACUUUUUUGAAAUCUAUGGGCAGUAAACACCCUAUCACGUUUAUGACAGACCAAUCAUUUUCAAUGGCAGCAGCUAUAAAAUCAGUUUUCCCUGAGUCAAGACAUCGACUAUGCACUUGGCAUAUAGAUGAGAAUUCGAAAAAACACAUCAUGUUUCUACGGAAGAAGAUAAAUUUUGUUCCUCUAUUUGAUUAUGUUGUCAAACGAUGUGACACAGUUGCAGAGUUUGAUUUCUACUGGUCUGAGUUGAACAAAGUGUAUGAAUGCAGUGACAAUAAAUGGUUAAAAAGGCUCUAUAGUCAUAAAGAAAAGUGGUGUCCUGCAUUUUCAAAGGAUUAUUUCUCUGGCGGCGUUCUAUCCUCCCAAAGAAGUGAAUCUACAAAUAGAUCCAUAUCCAGAAGACUCUCAAAAACUGCAACAUUGUGUGACUUUUACAAAAUGUUUGGUGAUGUUGUUGAUGAGUGGAGGUCAGAGGAAAAUGGUCAAGAUUUCAGAUGUUCAGAAGGCACCGUU